UUUCUAAUAAAUAAAAACAAUUUAAUUCCAAAAAACACAAAACAAGACAUAAAAUUCAUAAAAAAUGGAAGAAAUGAUAUAUUAUAAUGAUGAACUUAAAGCAGUAUCCACACACAUUAUUUGUCCUAAGUGCCAAUCACCAACGUCCACUAAUGUAGAAGUGAAAAAUACAAAUAAAACGCAUAUGUUAGCAUUUGUAAUGUGUUUAUUUGGCAUGUGUCUCUGUGCAUGGCUACCGUAUACAAUUAAUGAUUAUUACGACUACCAGCAAAAAGGAUACAGAGGCGACUGUCAAACGCCAAAUAUAUUCAGGACACAAAAUAAUCAAGGAUCUUGUUCAAAAGAUCCUUUGAAUUCUGUGUCAUCAAGAAUAAAUGACGUGGCUGUUCCACCUGUUUAUACUCCAUCGACAUGCAUGUAUGGGCAGUCUAGUCAGUCUAAUUCGGAACCUGAAAUGAACACUAUUCAGAAAAUUCAGAUGAUGGGAAGCGUUCCAUUGACUGUAAGAUGUUCAAAUUGCGGAGAUCGAGUCUAUACAAAUGUUACUUAUGAAAAGAAAUCAUUUCAACCCCCAGCAUACAAUGAGAUCUAUCCAACAGCUCCUCCAAUCGAACAAAAUUCAUUUCAACAAAAUCCUCCAUACCCAAAUUUACCACAACAAUCGGAAUGGAAUCAACCAGUCUAUCCACAACAGCCUUUAAUCACGCAACAACCUAUGAUUAUACCACAGCAGCCAUUAAUUCACCAAAGAACAAAUGUAGUUGUUAUCAACCAACAAGUUAUAUUCGGUGAAAAUCCAAUUGCUAUGACAUGCCCAAGUUGCAGGAACCAAAUAGUUACAAAAGUGAGUCACGAGAAUAAUGUCAUUAACCAUUCAAUAGCACUUGGAUUGUGCCUCUUUGGUUUCUGGUGUUGCUGUUGUAUUCCAUAUUGUAUUGAUUCUAUUAAAGACGUCAAUCAUUCAUGCAGCAAAUGUGGAGUAUUUUUAGGAAAAUAUCGUCGUGGACGAGUUUAAGAAAAAGUUUAUUGUGACUUAUACAUAAAUGAUGUUUGUUAUCCACUAAAGUGCUAAACCAUAUAAUCAAGUUUUGAAAGGAGCUGCAACGUUUCUUUUUCUUAGAGGUGAAUUUACUGUUCCACUAAAAUGCGUAUUGACAUUUAUCAUUAUACCAGUUGAAUUUUGACAUUUGUGUGCUCUUAAUCAAUUUUAUGCUGAAACAUAUAUGUCUAUAAAUUUAAUUCUCUUAUCAAAUACCAAAUAUUUGCGCUUGUGAUAUUCCAAGCCUUUUUUAUUUAGCAUUUUGCGAACAGCAUAGCUUUGACAUAUUCC